AUGCCGCGGCGCGUUCAGGAGUUGGAGCUACGUCCUAGUCCUAAGAAAAUGAAGGUUCUAGAACCUCCGCCAAGUUUGGACGUGAGUUUCUGUGACGACGAAGCACUCCCGCCUGGAAUAAUCUUCACUGAUGUCUUACAAAAGAAGUGGCGUAUUGGUAAACCCGUUGGAAGAGGUAGUUUUGGACGAAUAUACUUAGCGUCAGACGAAAUCGACAAAGAAGUUACAAAAUUAAAUGCCAGAUAUGUUGUAAAGAUUGAACCUCACACCAACGGACCUCUUUUUGUUGAAGUACACUGUCUCAUAAGGACGGCCCAAGUCACUAAAGUCAGAAACUGGCGUCAACAACACAAACAGAAACGUCUUGGUAUGCCGGUAUACAUUUCAAGUGGAUCAUUCACCGAUGAGAAUUCAGGGACUAAAUAUAGAUUUCUCGUUCUGCCACGGUACGACGUGGAUUUACAGAAAAUCAUAUCGAGAACUAAAGUGUUGGAUCUCAAAAAUGUUCUCAUCAUCGCCAUACAGAUACUUGAUGUAUUGGAAUAUAUGCACAAUCAGGGAUACACACAUUCAGAUAUAAAGAGUUCAAACUUGAUGCUAGGGUUUGAUGGUAAUAAAAUUAACAAAACCCUGGUCAAACCUGCGCCAUCUUAUCAGAAAGACAAUAAGCAAUUAGUCCUUCUAUCCAGAAAACAUAGGAAGACUAAAACCAGUAAAUCUAGAACCUCAAACUAUUAUGAUGAUGAAGAUUUCAUUCUACCUGAUAGGCCUUCGUUAGAAAGUCCCGAAAACAGUCAAAGAUUGGCGUCCGUUAAAAGAAAACUAAGAAAAAUGUUAUCAGACAAAGAUACUAGAACACUUAAUAGGCACCACGCGUUCAAUUUACGACAAUUAUCAAAUUACGUUAAUUACGAAGAUUUAAAUAGCUCGGUAUGUUCCGAUCAGUCGUAUCAGAAACUUCUAGAUGAUUACGGCAACCAAACUAUUAUUAUAUCUGGUAAAAUAAAGAAAACUAUGGCAGAAAAUGGUGAUUUGGUGUCAAGUUUAAACGAAGUGUAUAGAGAAGCUGUUUUAUCACAAUCUAACGGUCAGAUAUAUUUGUUGGAUUACGGUCUAGCAUCAAAAUUUCUUGAUUCCAAUGGAAAUCAUAAAGAUUUUAGUAUGGAUGCCAGAAAAGCUCAUGAUGGUACUUUGGAAUAUAGUUCAAGAGACUCUCAUAUUGGGGCUCAUUCAAGGCGAUCUGACUUAGAGACGUUAGGGUAUAAUUUAUUGGACUGGCUAACCGGUACAUUACCUUGGAAAACCGCUGAAGUUUUACAAGAACCGGAUCUAGUGCAUAUACUGAAGAAAAACUAUAUGAGCGAUAUUAAAUCGUUACUAAAAGCGUGCUUCAAAACUGAAUUCUACCCUCAAUUCAUGGAAAGAUAUCUCCAAUACGUCACAAGUCUGGAUUUCACCCAGAAACCAGAUUACGACUAUUGCAGGAGUUUAUUUAGGAGCGAACUACUUAAGCACAAUUACGUAUUAGAUAAAGAAUUAUCUGUUAACUUCAUGGAUUCUCCCAUGUCGCCAAUUAAUCGUAAGCUUUGCUAUUCGAAGAGAUUCGGACGGAAAAAUACUCCGCCCGACUUCCUAGCGAGAAAUGGCAUUAAAAAGGUAUACGAAAGGGAAAAUGUAUGUUCGUUUGAGAACGAUCUCAAACUGGAAUUACUUAAACAAACUUUAAAUACGUCACGCGAUAGUAUAAGAAAACCGUGCGCAUCUAGAAAUUUCUUUAUAUCCGACGCGGACUUAGUGGCUAGAUUGAAGAAAUCGCUCAUGCCGCACGAUAUUUUUGGUAAAAAACUGUCUCCCAAGAAUUUAAGAUCUAAUAAAAAGAACAUCAAACGCAAAGGUGUCAAGCGACAUAGGAAUAGCAUCGGUAAAUUCGGAAAACUAAUGGGUUCCGCGCGACAAUUCACUUGGGCUGAGAUAUUAGCACAGAACCCUGAACAUAUCAUACGUAAAGAUCGCACCGAAAAAGACGAUGAUGUAUGUAAAUACAAAAUACCUGACUACCCAUCGGAUAACAUAGAUUCACAAACACCUCUACUAAAUAAAGAUUAUUUAGUCAAUUUGAACCCAACGUAUGCCAUGACCGAAGUAAUCAAUAACUUGAAGAAGAAACUAAGCGGAAAACCUAUCAAAGAAAAUGAAGAAUUACAAUCACACUUAGAAGGAUACACUCCUGCUAUGAUAAGAGUGUACAAAUUGAGAGAGAAAAGAUUAUUGAAAGAAAAACAUGAAGCAAACAAAAAACUAAGUAAUGAAGUUGUAAUCACAACGAGAUGCACAAGAUCUAUGGCAAAUAAAAAUAAAACUAAUCUCAGCAUAAACAUUAAGGAGACGGACAAAAUUAAUGUACCUGAAGUCACAAAAUCUCCUAAAAGAAGUACAAGGAAAACUAAAGGAAAAAGUAGUCCUAAAGUUACAGAAACAGUAGAAAUUACAAAAUCUAACACUAAAAGUAGUAAAAGCACUAAAAAGUCACCAAAAAAGGCUACCGUUUCAACGAACAGAAGACGGUUGAGAAGUAGCAAACGUAAAAAAUAA